CUGUGCGAAAAUGCUUCUCCUUUGAGUUGACUCCCUGAUUGAAAGCUUCUUUGAAUGCUUCAAACAGUCAUUCUCUAAUAUCAGCCCAGAAAAACGGAUCAAAGUGGGUUGUAAGUCAAUCUGGAGCCGCUGAUUUCCCCAAAGACAUUUUCAUUCCAGCUCUAUCAAUCUCUCCAAACACGUGCUUUUAAAGUCAGUCUGAGGGAUAAAUGCUUUGACUUUUUAAGAAACAAAAGAAGAGGGGGACUAAUUUUACUGUUCAAGGUAAGAUGGGAAAAGUAAGAAGGCACUUCAGUGGUGCAAGAAGAGACUCAACUUUCUCAUGACCACAGGACUGCAUAAGAAAAUAUCGAGGAUUCUCUAAGGACUAUGAGUAACAUCCAGUAGGUGGCAGCAAUACGCCAGUGAUGCGUCUAGUCUGCCUAAUUCAAUGAGGAAGAAGAAAGUAACUCAGUGUUUCUGCCGGAACUUCACAGUGUGACACCCGGCGGAUGUAAACAAAGAAGCAUGAGCAGAGUUAGCUUCACUGCUGUGUGGACUGAGCUAUAAAACGGCUGUAUUAUAGUAUGAAUGAGAAAUAUCAGAGCGAUAAAGUAACGAUGUGUUCAGUUGAGUAUCUGAGAGAGUUGAUCAGCGACAGACUAGCUGCUGCUGCUGGAGAAAUAUUCUCAGAGUUUGAAAAAACCAUCGUCCAGUACCAGGAGGAGAUCGAUCGUCAGCGCAGACUGCUGGAUGUCAUCUGGAAACCACACAUCCCCUUACAGCCCAUAGAGCUCCCACAGUCUUAUGUCUGUGAGAAUGAGAAGACUGUUGUUGACCAUCAGCCCCAUGACCAGGAGAGAAACUCCAUGGUGGACCAUGAGGACCCAGAGCCUCCACGGAUUAAAGACCAGCAGGAGGAACUCUGCACCAGUCAGGACCAAUCAAACCCAGAGAUUUCUCAAAUUAAAAUGGAACAGGAAGAAUUGUGCACCAGUCUGGACCAAUCAAACCCAGGGUUACCACAAAUUAAAGUGGAACAGGAUGAACUCUGCUCCAGUCAGGAUGAAGAGUUAAUUGGAUUGAAACAGGAGACUGAUACCUUUGAGGUGACUCCUGCUGAUGAGGAAAGUGACCACAGUGAACCAAAACCAAACAGUGAUCAGCUCCUGUUUCACAUCUCUUGUGUAGCUGAGUGCCCAGAUCAGGAAGGAAGCAAGGAUGUAGACUCAGGAUCAACUAGAUGUAUCGAGCUGAAACCAAGACAUCAGAGUAACAACAGUCACAGUAAUGAUGUAGACAAUGCUCCAACAUCAGCGAGACAGUGUGAUAAUGACAAGGCAACAAAAUCUGUAACUUGCAAAGUCUGUGGAAAAGCUUUUUGUUGUAAAUCAGAUUUAAUCAAACAUCACAAAACCCACACAGGUGAGAAGCCAUAUUCUUGUGAAACCUGUGGAAAAAGCUUCAGUCAACGGGUCCAUUUGACUGUUCACAUGAGAUGUCACACAGGUGAGAAGCCGUAUGUUUGUGGAACCUGUGAAAAAAGCUUUAGUCAACCGACCUCUUUGACUGACCACAUGAGACUUCACACAGGUGAGAAGCCAUAUUCUUGUGGAACCUGUGGAAAAAGCUUCAGUAAACGGGUCCAUUUGACUGUUCACAUGAGAUGUCACACAGGUGAGAAGCCAUAUUCUUGUGGAACCUGUGAAAAAAGCUUUAGUCAACGGACCUCUUUGACUGACCACAUGAGAUGUCACACAGGUGAGAAGCCAUAUUCUUGUGGAACCUGUGAAAAAAGCUUCAGUCAACGGACCUCUUUGACUGACCACAUGAGACGUCACACAGGUGAGAAGCCAUAUUCUUGUGGAACCUGUGAAAAAAGCUUUAUUCGACGGACCUCUUUGACUGAACACAUGAGACGUCACACAGGUGAGAAACCAUAUGUUUGUCACAUUUGUGGAAAAAGAUUUUCUGGUUCAUCAGCACAUAAUAGGCACAUGGCAGUUCACAAAAUGGGAAAACCAUAUUCUUGUGGAACCUGUGGUGAAAGCUUUAGUCGACAGGACCAUUUGACUGUCCACUUAAGACGUCACACAGGUGAGAAGCCAUAUUCUUGUGGAACCUGUGGAAAAAGCUUUAAAUAUAGUUAUCAAUUAAAAGCCCACAUGAGAAUCCACACAGCUGAGAAGUCCUGAUCCUGAAACAUCUGUGGAAAACAUAAUGUCAGAAUUAAGGUUGAAACAACAUGUAAGAGUUGGUACAGGUUAAAAGUAGAUGUUUUAGAUUUAAAGCAGCUUUAGUCUGUGGUUCAACAACAACUGUGAGGAAGUAUGUAAGCAAUCCUUGAUGAUUAGACCAGAUGGAGUCUGGACUGUGGUGGUGGAGCAGCAGGCAGAAGAACCAAACUGAAUGUCUGGAUGGAUAUGGUAUUGGUACAGACUGCUACAUUUCUGCUAUCAUGACAUCCUUCAUCAGCAGAGCACUGAUUGGAGAUAUUGUGAAGCUGUUUGGAACAUUUUCACAUCCUGCUGAGAGAACAUGGCUGUUCAGGUGUGAACAUACUGCUGGAAUCCACUCAGCUUGAGUUCUGCUGUCUUUCAAGUAAAAGGAGGCAACGAGAUACAGAGACAUUGUGACAGUAGAACACAACAGAGUGAGUCACUGCAGCAGAGGAGAUCUGGACGUGAAAUAAAGUUGUAAUAAAACGUCUACAGCUCCAUGACUGCUUCAUGAAAUGUUUUGAAUGUUUUCAAACAGAUGAACAUUUACAAGUUGUUUAAUAAUUAAUGUAACAUUGAAGAUCCCCAGCAAGAAUAUCUCUGAGUCAGAUAUCAAAGACAUAACCAACAUUAUUAUGUUUUCAAGCAACAGACACGUGGUUUUACUAGUAGUAGCUGACACACUCCUGCAAAUGUCAAAACCAGAAAUGUUAAAAACAGGUGAAGCUGUGCUGCAGUUUCUGCUGGUCAGAUAAAGGUCUUAUGCUAUUUGUUUCUUCUAUUGUCACCACAUAGGUCAUCUGUGUGAUUUGUUAGUAGGAUCUCAUUGUGUCGUCAUACAGCACAUUGAACCCUUGUAUUGUCUGAACGUCCUGAACACUCCUCCUGUCCUCAGGGUCAGAAAUGACCUGCCUCCACUGAGCCUCUAAAAUAGAGCAGCUUAAUGGAAUUUUUAACCAAAAAUCUAUUUUACAUGAAGAAACAACCUGUCAUGCAUCACACACUUUGUGAAUGCCUGUUUUUGCUUCCUCAGAGGAUAGAAAGACUGUAUUUAAUCAGUGAACACCAUUCGUUUUUAUACCAUUGUUCAUGCUGUAACUGUUUUCUUUCUUUAAGUAGAGGUUUAUUAUCACUAUUAUUGCUGCUAAAGGUACUGCAUAGGUGUAAACAUUUCUUGUUUUGCAGGAGAUAAUACUUCUAUAGCCUAAUAAAGUACCAGAAAUGUGCAGAAAUGAACUUGAAAUGCAUUUUUGAAGGGAAACAACAGUGUACUGUAUACUGUACAAUGGAAUAUAAAACUACAAAACUCAACUACCA